UAGUAUCACACUCCUCCAACAAUAAAGACCAAGGCAGUCGCUGCUGGCUGUAUUUGUCCUGUAUCUGAGGGCAGUAGUGAGUGCAGUGGUGUGUCAGAGGAAGGGAAGGAACAGCAGCCAUGGAUGAUGUAUAUAAAGCCGCGGUUGAGAACUUGACUGAGGAGCAGAAAAAUGAGUUCAAGGCUGCAUUUGACAUCUUCAUCCAGGAUGCAGAGGAUGGCUGCAUCAGCACCAAAGAGUUGGGAAAGGUGAUGAGGAUGCUGGGACAGAAUCCCACCCCUGAAGAAUUACAGGAGAUGAUUGAUGAGGUGGAUGAGGAUGGCAGUGGCACAGUAGAUUUUGAUGAGUUCUUGGUUAUGAUGGUCCGCUGCAUGAAGGAGGAGAGCAAAGGAAAAUCAGAGGAGGAGUUGGCUGAACUGUUUCGCAUGUUUGACAAGAAUGGAGAUGGCUACAUAGACUUAGAAGAGCUAAAGGCCAUGCUGAUUAACACUGGAGAGUCCAUCACAGAAGAUGAUAUUGAGGAGCUGAUGAAGGAUGGAGACAAAAACAACGAUGGAAAAAUUGAUUAUGAUGAGUUCCUGGAGUUCAUGAAAGGUGUUGAAUAAAGGACUCAGCUUGACGGCUCACACCGCAGCAUCUUCAAUUUCCAUUGACUUCAUCAUUGUCCAAGGCCCUACCCCAAAGACAUGCUACCACAUUUGUCUGCUUUUAACAAUACAAACACACACCUAUCCUCAGCAGGUUAUUCUACUGUAACAACCCCACUGAUGCCCUGAAAGCUUUGCUGAGAGAUCUCACUGACUUCAAAAAUCGUUGUUUCUGAUAGUGCUGACAAAUCAAAGUGUGAAAUAUAAAUGACUAUUUUCAUUAAAAAGAUUUUCAUAAUUUCAG